AUGGACGACACAUAUUCAAACAGACCAACGUCUCCAAAUUCUAACAAAACAACUAUAGAAUCAAUGAUGAAUGAGAACAUGAAACACAUAGAGUAAAUAGCUGUUGUAUUUGAGUUCAUUUGAUGAAGUUGUUGAAUAUUAUGAAUAUUAGUAACUUAUAUGUUUGAUAUUGGAAUUGCUUCAGAUUUGAAUUUUUAUUUUUUGGAGAUCC